UCUCGACCGCCAAGUCUGCGAUUCGCCCAUGCACAAGUUCAUACUCCCAGGAUCCCAGCCAAGUGGCUCGGCGACUACAUCCGUAACCAACUUGCGGAACAAGCUCAACCUGUCGCCUGGAUCUCCCCAGCCAAGCAGCGUCACCGGCCAUGCCGCCAGUCCCAGUCCCAGCCCCGGUCACAGUCCCAGUUCCAGCCGCGGCAGCAUCGGCAGCAAUCUGAACAGCCCCAACAGCAGCCUCAAUCCCCAUCGCCAUAACGGCAGCAACACCAUCCAUUACAAAGCCCAUCCUAGCAGCCCAUACGGCAGCCCUGGUGGCGGCAACGCUGGUGGCAGCAGUCAGCCGUUCUCGACCCCAACCCCCAAGCUGACGAGCCCGCUGAGCAAAGCCGCUUCUUUUGCCCUCCCAAAGCCGAUGGGGCGAUUCAGUCCCUCACCGACGAGUGAAUCAUCGGCCAGAAAGCUCACCCAACUGCACAAGCACAUCAUUACCUCGUCUCCGACGCCCGAUCCCGUCGCUUGUCCGUCGACUUGGCGGACGGCUUUGAAGCGGAAAUCGCUGCCGCACGACUCGAGCCCGGGUGCAGACCACAAGGAUCCACACGGCCCAGGCUCACUUCGGAAACGGAGACGAGUGCAGGCUGGUGGACUUGCCGAACGCAUGCUGCAGAUCGCUUCGAGGGAACGGUCCGAGAGCGGGCUCUGGGAUUUUAUGAAGCAUCGUCCGGACCAGGACCUCCUCAUGCAGCCGGCGAGAAAAUACAGGAUCGAGAGCAGCAUCCAGCUUCCAAACCAAAUCGUCGUGGCAAAGUGCCGGACCCUGGUGCCAGUGGCAAACGACAGCGUUUAUGUGGCUCUGAAGGAUGUCUAUGGCAGCGGCGACGUGGGGCCGUCCCAACUCCACGACAACGAGGUCAUCGGAAACAACAGCACGAUCGAGAUCGGAUCCGGCGUUGUCGCAUGCGGGAAUAUCGAGCUGUGCUGGCGCUAUCGGCCAAGCUAGGGCGACCAUGCCGAGGCAACCAAAUGGCCAGCGAACACGAUCAGGAAACGAUCGUCGAUACCCCCCCCCACCACCAUUUCAGUCCGUUGGCUUCGACACGGCUCGAUGCGUAGUUGUCGCUCCCAAGAUCUGGAUGGCCCGUUUGUUCUGGAUGGGCUGCAAUAAAAUCCGGUAUUGAUCGACACACUGCUGCAUUCGGAAGCCCCUCGACUUGGCCCUGCCAAUGUCCGGGUAGACAAAUGCGAGGCAGGGCUGGGGAUGGCUUUGCACCCACCGCUCUAGACGGGAGACUGCCGGAUUGCUGGAGGCGGGCCCGAGAAAAACAAAAAAAGACGAUUCAUUGUUUUACAAUCCACGACGAAACAAGCAAAAAG